GAAAAUAUUAUCAAUGUAAUUCUAUUUACUAACAAACAUUACCAACACUCACUUCGAACUGAAACAGCCAAUCGAAAGCCUCAAAAUGUAAUUUAUAGUUGGAGGAAUGGUAGCGUGUAAGUUUAAUAUUGACAUACCAUGUGAUUUCGUAUUCAGUCACUGAUUUUGUCAUUCACCAGAAUAAAAAUUCAUCAAUUUGGUCAGCUGAAAAUUGAACAAGGUGGAGAAGUUUUCGCGGAGCUUCAUUUGCGCUUAUAGAUUCGAUGAAUUACUUAUUACACUGACAUAAUAAUGGCGUAGCAUUUGCUUUAUUGUGCGCUGAUUCAUGGUAUUCGCACCAGCCUUCGCACGCACGGACAUUCAUACAACACUGGUACAAAUUUAUGAGAGUGAAAACUUCUCUUGGCGCAAAUGCCCGUGGAUGCAAUUGUACACAGGUGCAAAAGUAUGCGGAUGCAGCGUGAUAUUCUGUAAAAUAAUAAGGGCAGAAAAUAGUAAUAUUUGAACAAAUGCAAAAUAAAUCUGAUAUCGGCUUCAUCGUAUGGCAAAUUGAAGACUCUCGUGUCAGUUUAGGUGGAAUAUAGCACUAGCUCCUGAACACGUCCCAAAAUCAAAAAUUCUGCUGUGUGAAAAUAAAGUGGAGAAGAAGUUUAAUGAACCAACAAGUGCUAGCGAAUUGGCGUUCCCUGCAGGUAUUGCAACUAUGCUGAGGCUACCAAUUGCACGUAACACGGAUGGCCUCGAUGCUUGUUUCGUAGGAGUUCCAAUUGAUCACGGGACUUCGAAUAGAUCUGGAGCAAGAUUUGGUCCGAGGCAAAUCAGAUCAGAAUCGGUUAUUGUUCGCAAGUGCAAUAUACAAGCCGGCGCUGAUCCAUUUUCGUCAAUUCAGGUACAGAUCAUUUCUAAUAGUAUAACUCACGAACAGGUUGCUGAUAUCGGUGAUGUCCGAGUGAAUCUUUACAAUUUGAAGAAAUGUUGUGAUGAUAUCAAAAAACAAUAUGAGGAAAUAAUAAAAAAUGGUUGUCGUCCAUUGUCCAUAGGUGGAGAUCACACUAUAUCGUAUCCAAUUUUACAGGCCAUGGCAGAAAAAUAUGGCCCAGUAGCUAUGGUGCAUGUGGACGCUCAUUCGGACUGCAAUAGUUUUGCUAAUGGCGAAAAAAUCACUCACGGGACUGCAUUUCGUUUAGCAAUAGAAGAAAACUUGAUAAUACCAACAAAAGUUUUCCAAAUAGGACUUCGAGGCAGUGUGGGAAGUUUAGACUCGUUUGAUUGGCAGCUAGAUAAGGGCUUUAGAAUGAUCCAUGCCAAGGACUUGUGGUAUAAAUCGUUGACGCCGCUGAUGAAAGAAGUAAGAGACGUAAUAGGAGAAACACCAACUUAUAUUUGUUUCGAUAUAGACGCAUUGGAUCCCAGCGCUGCUCCGGGAACUGGAUUUCCUGAAAUUGGUGGAUUAACUACUUCUCAGGCACUAGAAAUAAUUCGAGGUUGUCGUGGACUGAAUAUAAUUGGUGCUGAUAUGGUGGAAGUUGCGCCUCCCUACGACACCACUGGCACAACGGCGAUAACAGCAGCAAAUAUAUUGUUCGAGAUACUUUGCGUGUUGCCCGGAGUAAAAUACCACGAAACUCCUGCUACAAAAAAGACUUAACUUUUAUUUAUUGUUUAUAUUUGAAAUCAAUUAUAACCCGAAUGUCUCUGAAGUAACAAAAAUUGAGAUAAACUGUAAUUCUCCGUUUUCUGCACGAUUGAUUUAUUUUUUCUGCUUCCAUUUAAAAAUAUAUAUUCGAUGCUCUGAUAUCUCCUGUGAUAAUCAACUGUUUAAACAUUACAUCUCUGAUUGGUGGAUAAAAUGUCCUGAAAAAAAUCCAUCAGACGCAUAGCUAUCCACAAAUAAAAUUUAGACUAAAAACACUCAAAUGACAAAUACUCCAACACUGGGUUGGACAAACUGAUACCUAUGCUCCUAAAUAACAACAUUUUUUUUCACUAUGGAAACUAUGGCGUUUACGAGACGAACAGUUACUUAAUAGAGACACCAGAACUGGAUAUGUUCUCAACAAUAACAACACGGAGUAAUAUUGAAUGCGACUCAGUAAUUUUGGUUUGCACCGAAAACGAUAUGCUUACAUAGCCGCAGAAAAUAGGGCGACAGCCCUUCACGUUGUAUUCACGUUGUCACGUUGUAUCACCACAGCAAAAGUGAAAACUAAACUAGAAACUAAAUUUAAUCGCAAUCUCAUCAAAAUUCCUUAAGCUAUUUUUAGCUGAAACAUCAAAAUUUGGUUUUACUUGGUUGUGGCAACAUAGCGCGGGCCAGAUUUGGCAUGCGGGCCGUAGUUUGCCCAUGUCAAGUAAGGGUGAGCUUCUCUUUCAUUUCUGUGGGCCAGUUGAAGGCUCUCUCGUUUCGACUAUGGACUACCAACUCUUUUUUGGCGUGUAAUUUAUUUCUGUUUGUAUAAACUAUAACUUUUUGUGAACAUUUCUCCCGUAUAGUUAUUGUGUCUUUUCGGAGAUCAAUCAAAACACUUAUAAUCUAUUCUGUAAUCGUCUAAACAACGACAUUUUCCAAGCACGAGAUCCACAUUGGGCCGCUUUCGACUGUACCAUAAACAACUAAAGCAUAUUUACCCUGGCUUGGCAGAAAUUUCCACCAUUAUUUGACAAGUAAACCUGUUCUCCACAAUUUCACUCGAGCAUUAAUUCUGCCCAGUGAUCCCAAAAUAUAUACCACCCCCUAAUUUGGAAUCACUCACUAAUGAGCAUCUGCUUCUGUCGAGUAGGCUUAUAAGAACUUGAUGAAAAUGAAAGCUAGAAAUUAUGAUAUCCAAAACCAAUUGAAUAUUCAAAUAUGCUGGAAGUCCAUUAUAUUCGAUAUGAUAAAUUCUUGCUUUCAGUAAACUUUCGAAAUAUCUGAAUUUGCAAAUUGUCGAUUUUAGGACCUAAAUUUGGCAUCAACCAAGCAGAGCAAAGCAUGUGUUCAUCAAAAUGCAUGCAAAAAUGUAAAAAACCAAUGAUCCUAAUAUUUGCGCUAUUUCAAAAGUGAUUGGAGCAAAGAUAAUAUAUACAGAAUAUUGUGAUUUUUCAGAUAAAGUUGUUUUCAGUUUGGAAUAUAUUCUAAACAUAAGUCUUUUUCACUGCUUUUAAAUAUGAAAAUACCUAUUUUUUUUUAAUAUUUGUAGGAGAAUCAAUGAUCUCCGAGUAUGGGUGGUCAUGAAGCACAUUGUUUAAUCACACCUAUUGAAACAAACCAAACUAUUUUCACUAAUAUUAUAGGUGAAAAAUAUUUGAA